ACAUCAACUUGUGAGAUCUAGGGUUCUAGGAACUUGUUUCACCUUCUCUUCCACAAAUAAACUAGGGUUUAUAACCGCGGCUAAAGAGGGUGACAAGUGACAACAAUGAAUCAAGGACAUAAUGCGGAUUAUUGUCUUCCGAAGUUCUUCAAAGUGUAUCUAGCUGGUAUAUCCGGAGAUGAUAUGGAAGUACCAGUUUCUUUCAACAGAUGCUUACCAAAGUGUUUGCCUAACAACGUAACUAUCAAAAGCAUCUAUGGAAAGAUUUGGAAAAUGGCCUUGAGGAAAUGCGGUGAGAAAUACGUUCUGGUUAAUGGGUGGAAGAUGAUCGUAAAAGACGAAGAUCUGGUCGGUGGAGACGUAUUGGAGUUUGAUUUCGAUGGAUCUCAGUGUUUUAACUUCUGUAUCUACGAGCCUCGCACAAUGUGUAAAAGGCUCAGAAGAAGUUCAGUGCGAGGUGAAGAAGAAACCAGAGCUAAUGAUGAUAACGAUGCUACUCUUGAGGAUGUUGAUGUUUCUGAUCAAAGGCAGUAUCUGGAUGAUCCCAACAAUCCUUUCUUUCCAGUGACCCUAAAUCCGAAUAGGAGAAGCCAAUUGCGCAUACCGAGGAAGGUUAUAACAGACUAUGGCUUAAACUUCCCCGAGAAUAUAACUCUCGUCGAUACACUCGUGAAAAAGUUCGGGAAAUUGGCGAAGAAAAUCAAGAUUCAGUUGAAUGGCAGUGUGUUUGUCAAGGGAUAUGGAGCUAUACUCAGAAGGAAUAACGUCAAGUCAAGGGACAAACUGAUAUGCGAGUUGAAGAAGACGGGUAGUAACAAUAUGGUUCACACAAUCAAGUUCCACGUUAUCAGUGAAUGAUCGAUCAUUUUGGACGAGUCUUAUGCGUAGUUGAUGUGAGUGGUACACCUAUGUGAUAUGGGCUAUGCCAGCUAGUCUUAGUGGUUAUCUAUCUUGUUAAGUCUUCAAUUUAAAUCAAGACUUUGUUGUGGUGUAUUGAGUUCGUUUAAUUCCUGAAU